AUGGUGGCCGAACUGUUGUCGGCCUUUGCGGGAACCGACGCUCGUGAGAUCGACGUGGUCCCCUUCGUCCACUGGCUCUUCGAGCGUUCGGUCCCGUCCGUUCGCUCGGUCCCGCGGGUCCGGUCCCCACGGAGCACGGCGCGGGCGUUGUACCAACGGGGCUUCAGCGUGCGGCAACUGAUCCAGUUUGUGAAGAAGUACCGCUCGCGUGGCUUGGCCCAGAUGACCACGGCCGAGGUGGUACGAGACAUUGUGAUCCCUGAAACACGAGAACGGCAAUGUGCCAUGGUGGAUCUCUUCGAGGGAGGAGCAAAGGAGCCCACCUGUUUAAUGUCGCAUUGGUGGGGCCACUCCUUCAUGGCGUUGGUGGAGGCGAUCUUAGGCCAUGCCUCGGGGCAAAUUCUUCCCGCGGAGAACGUUCUGAGUGAGGAGGAGCUGGAGAAAUCCUACUGGCUUUGCAUCUUUGGUGUGAACCAGCACGUCUCCAUUUGUGGGACGCCUCAAAAUCCCUGCGACUGCGGGGCGGAGAAGUUCUUGAACGGACAUCCUCAGUGUGAGAUGGACAAGUUUGGCUUGAUGAUGCAGCACAUCAAGGAACAUGCUCUGGCGGUGGAUCGACAGUUGUUGACCUUGACACGGAUCUGGGUCUUGAAAGAGCUGCAGACCGCCUUGUCCAUGUCGAUUCCCACCGAGUUCCAGGGCUCCAUCUCCUUCACCGGGGCCUUCGAGCUGCCCAGCGUGCGGCACGCCGAGGCCUCGCGACUGGAGGACCGGCACCUGAUCUUGCAGGAGAUCGAAUCCUCCGUGGGCAUCGAUGCCUUUGAUGCGUCCAUCCGACAGAAGGUGAAAGAGGAGAAGAUGAAGCUGGCCUUCUACGAUGCCUUGGUACGAAGGCAAGUGGACCAGGUGUCGAAACAGUUGCAGCAAGAGCCCAGCCUUUGCAACAUCCAACUGCAUCAGUUCGGCUUGAAGAGCCCCUUGCACUUCCUGGCGGAGCGCACACGCUCGGCCACGGAAUGGGAGGACGCCAGCGGGCGAUCGGCGAUCCUGGAGGAGCUCUUCAGGGCCCGAGCGGACCCCACGUUGCGGGACGCGAGCGGGCGAACGCCGCUGCACAGCAUUUGCAUGUGGGAUGGCGAUGUGAAGCUGGCCAAACGCCUGGUGGAGCAGCGCGCCGAUGUCCACGCCACAGCCUGGCGAGGCGCCGUGCGUGGCAAGACGCCGCUGCAGUUGCUAGAGUCCAACGUGGGCAUCAGUCCCCAGCUCUUUGAUCGAGGAUACCAAAGCCGAUCCGCGCGGAAGACCGAUGAGCUCAAGGAGUACCUGCAAUCUUUGGGCGAAGAACCAGCGGAUCGCCGAAAGCAGAAGCGACUUGGCACUCAACAGGUGAGGACGGAUGAACUCCUUCGGCGGGUGCCAGCUGACGUGACCACCGAGAGUGCCAGCGCGAACGGUGCCAGCGAGAUCGCACGCGUGAGUGAUCUGGAGCAGUGUCCCAAAACGCAUCCUUCUCAUGCCGCUUGUGGCCCUUUUCUUGGGGUGAAGCCACGAGACAGUGGCGCCGCUUUCGCGGCGGCGCGGAAAGCUGCUAAGAGUCGGCUCAGGCAACUGAGUGGCGGCCAGGAGAGAGUCUCACAGGAGCUCCUCUGCCACGUGCUGGCCGAGGCCGACGGGGUAGAGCGAUCGGGGGUGAAGUCGGAGGCACGGUGUGCGGCGAGUUGGACUGGCUCGGGUGCCCGGCCCAUUUCGGCCGUCCAAAAGGGCCGUUUUGGUUCAAAGGACCCGCUGGUCCUCACAGAGGAUGUGGAUCGUGUGGAUGUGGCGAAAAAGGAAGGUGAGUUCCUAGCUGCGCCCAGCGUGAGGUGGUUCCAUCAGGGCGCCGCACAGCUGGUCACCGUCGCCCGUGCCACCGCACAGGCGGAGCUGCGCUUGUCUGGCCUGGCGGCACUCUUUGACAGUCCGAAUGGCAUGGUGACGCCUCAAUUGGCCCAUGAAGCCUUGGGUCAACUGCUUCCCUCCCUGCGGAAGCGUCAGAGAAGACAGCUGGCUGCCAGCCUCUUCGGAGAGGAGACGACACAGCUCAGUGCGGUCUUACACCAGUUGGCACUCUUCGCUGAUCCACCACAGUUCCCGGAGCCCUGGAUGAAGACUGCCCUGGGGCGUAUUGGAGAUUUGAUUCUCCAGCGACAUGGCCCCCCGCUGCACUCCGCGCUGAUCCAGUUCUUUAAGGCCACCGCCCAAGAUGGAUCCGACCUCGUUGGGCCCAAGGACUUUGUCGAAGGUCUUCAACAGAUGGGCACCUACGACUGCAGCGGAGAUCUGGAGGUGCCCUUGCUCCACGCGGGUCGUCUCUACCAGAUCUUCGAGGCCAUUGAUGGAAACUGCUCGGGGACGAUCUCCUUUUUGGAGCUGCUCUUGGCCAUGGAUGAGCGCUCUGCGAGGCCCGAGCUGCCGGAGUUCCCGGCGCUCGAGGGCUCGUUGUGCGCCACGCUCUUGGUGCACAAGGAGCUGCUGAUGGUCACUACCUUGCUGCUCUUGUGCGCAUCGGUGCAUUUCUCUUUGACCCAAAGUGACUGGGGAGAUUUGCGAGCAUGGAUCAGCUCGGUGAUGCAUCUGUCUUCACGGGAUGUGGCCAAACAAGCUCGGGUCGAGGAGGAGAUGGUGAAGCUUCGGCAAAGGACCUACAUCUCCAUCAGCUGCUACUCGACUCAUCUGGAGUUCGGUGUGGGCUGCUUCUUCCUUUGGGAGGCCUUUGCGAACCCUGGCUUUGAGACCAUCGCGCUGGUGAUUGCUUGUUGUUUGUGCUAUUUGCAGCACCUCAUGGUAGCGAAGGAUUUGAUACAGCUCAGCCCUCAACGGAUGACGUUUGUGAGCUGCUUGCUAUACUCCCUUGGGUUGCUUACGGUCGUCUUACCAGCUCGAGCUGGGAGCUCCUUCAAGUUCAGCCUGUGGCAGAGUUUCGUUACUGCAAUCCGCUUUUGCUUGGUCUUUUGUUGUUUGGAUCCACAAAUCUCAAUCCCAUUCCAAGUGCUGUACACUGCAGUGGGCAUGCUCGCCUAUUUCUUUGCUUUCGAUGAGUCUCGCACUGAACUUGGACCAUUAUUCUACACCCAAGUCUUCGUUUUGAUUCAAACCAUCGCUUACUCCAUCAUCAUCGACAUGGCACUACGCGGCCGCAUCUAUGCCAAGCUAGACACAGCAGAUGCAGAGUCUUUGGUGUCUAGCUUCCGCAGGGUCUUGAGAGGGGCAUGUGACGGUGAAGUGCUAUUGGAUAGCCAGAUGAAUGUGGUACAGGAAAGCGAGUGCCUGAAGCACCUGAUCUUGACGGAUGUGAGUCUGAAGGGCAGAUCGUUUGAACACUUGUUGGCAGAUGGUGAGCGGCCGCGCUUCCGCGAGUUCAUUGAGGCUUCGACAAACGCCUUUGGUGCUGAACUCUCAGCACCUCCUUUUUGCUCCCGCGUGUCGUUUCGUGGGUCCGCUGGAAUUGGAGUGGCUGCGGAUGUUUACCAUGUGCCGGUGCCAGGGCUCUUUGGCGCCAAUGAGCCCUACCACCUUGUCGCCUUCAAAGAAGAUCCUGAAUCAAGGCCCCAUCCUGAAGCCUCAGUCGAUGCAGUGCCUGCAGAGCUUCUGCCUACGACAGGAGUCCAAGGACCUCUACAACAUGCCACCUCUCAUUCCAGAAUGUCUGGAGGAACAUCUGCUACGCAAACCUCUGAAAGUUCUGGCCACAGUUCAUGUGCUCACAUUUGUCCUGAGUUGCACGAAAUGACGUUGUUGUUGGAUGUGGAGACGGAGUUUCAGGAUAUUCAACAAGCACAUUUAAAAUUCGAGCGGAAGGAUGAGGCUGAGUCGGAUCUGGCUCAUGCCCACGGGCGCGGGCAGGGGAGCGAGAGCUCCAUGCCAAGCCUUCGAAGUUUGGUGAAACCCACGGACUGGGAGAAGCUGCGGAGUGUGGUGCGGAACUUUGUGGAGCUGGCCUUGGUGAAUCCAAAUCUCGAGCCGAAGCUGAUUCACAAGAUGACUGUGAAACUUCCAGGUCAACGUGGAUGGCUCAUGGUCGAGGAAGCCACUUUGCACCGCAUUUCGGGUGGUACUCGACUUGCUUGGUUACUCUUGAAAGGCUUCCGAAACUUGGCACCUGAACUCCAUGUCGUGUGUGGAAUGCUAUAG